GCGUAUGACGUGCGAAUCCAAUGAAAUAUCUGCCCUCAUAUUUCAGCCGCCUCUCUCUCUCUCUCUGUCUCUCUCCAUGUUUAAAUGUAAUUUAGCCACCUCUCUCACUCCUCUCUCUCUCUCUCCAUGUGUAAUGUAAUCUAGCCAGCCAGUCAAACCCACGAGAUUUGAACAAAACACCACCCAAAAAAGUAGCAGGAGUCCCGAGCCUUCUCAGAAGAUACCUCCUUCUACACGUCCAUAUAGGAAAGAGAAAGAGAUAGGCAAACAGUGAAAAAAGGAUAGCCUCCUCUCCUCUACUAGUUCUCAAUAAUACAUAACGUGUUCAUUUUCAUUUCCACUUCCUCCCUCUCUCUCUCUCUCUCUCUCUGCUCACAAAUGGGCACUUCAUCGGCUAACUCACGGCAGCAACAACAACAACAACCGCCGUCCAACUUCUCUUUCUCAAACCAAUUCAUGUCCACCUCCUUCUCCGACCUCCUAGCCGGAGACUACCCGUCUUCCGCCAGCCGCGGCGGAUUGUCCGAUCGGAAUGGCUCUGCAAUCCCCAAAUUCAAGUCGAUUACGCCGCCUUCGCUUCCUCUCUCACCGCCGCCGGUGUCUCCUUCGUCUUACUUUGCUAUACCUCCUGGAUUAAGCCCAACUGAGCUCUUGGACUCCCCUGUUCUCUUCUCUACUUCCAACAUUCUACCAUCUCCAACUACUGGGACUUUCCCAUCUCAGGCUUUCAACUGGAAACCCAAUUCCUCUAACAACAACCAGCAGCUAGGAAUCAAACAGGAGCAAAAGAACUACUCUGAUUUCUCUUUCCCCACCCAAACAAGGCCUCCAACAUCCUCCUCAACAAGCUUCCUCUCUCAAAUUCCCACUGAAAACCAAUCCGAAUACGCUCCGGUACAACAGAGUUUUUCCCCUGAGAUUUCCAACAUUCAGACCAACUCUCAAACAAACAGUGGGGUUAAAUCAGACUAUAGCAAUAGCCAGUAUAACCAAUCAUCGCAGUCAAUGAGAGAGCAGCAGAGGAGAUCAGAUGAUGGAUAUAACUGGAGAAAAUAUGGGCAGAAACAAGUGAAAGGGAGCGAAAAUCCUCGCAGUUAUUACAAGUGUACAUACCCUAAUUGCCCUACUAAGAAGAAAGUGGAGAGGGGUUUAGAUGGGCAAAUCACUGAGAUAGUUUAUAAGGGAAAUCAUAACCACCCAAAGCCUCAAUCUACUAGGAGAUCAUCAUUGUCUUCUUCAGCAGCUUCUCAAGCAAUUCAAAACUGUAGUAACUCAAAUGGUGAAGUCCCAGAUCAGUCCUAUGCCUCCUCACAUGGGAAUGGACAGAUGGAUUCGGUCGCGACACCGGAGAAUUCUUCGGUGUCGGUUGGGGAUGAUGAUUUUGAUGGGAGCCCUCGGAAGAGUAAAUCAGGGGGAGGUGGAGGAGAUGAGUUUGAUGAUGAAGAACCUGAAACCAAAAGAUGGAAAAUAGAGGGAGAAAGUGAGGGAAUAUCAGCCGCUGGGAGCAGAACAGUGAGAGAACCUAGAGUGGUAGUCCAAACAACAAGUGAUAUUGAUAUUCUUGAUGAUGGGUAUAGAUGGAGGAAAUAUGGGCAGAAGGUGGUUAAGGGAAAUCCUAAUCCAAGGAGCUACUAUAAGUGCACAAACCCCGGGUGCCCCGUAAGAAAGCACGUCGAGCGCGCAUCCCACGACCUCCGGGCUGUGAUCACCACCUACGAGGGGAAGCACAACCACGACGUCCCUGCUGCACGUGGCAGCGGUAACCACUCCAUAAACAGGCCUCUCCCUAGCACCACUUCUGCCCACACCAAUGAGGCCAUUAGGCCUUCGGCUAUGUUCCACCACCAAUCUUCCACCGCCGCGAUCAAUCCCAUUCGCAACUCAAGGCUACAACAAUCUGAUAGCCAAGCGCCCUUCACAUUAGAGAUGUUGCAGAGCCCCGGUAGCUUCGGUUUCUCGGGAUUUGGGAACUCAAUGGGAUCUAAUUACAUGAAUCAACCCAUUGAAUUCUCUAGAGCCAAGGACGAACCGAGGGACGAUUUGUUCGUUGAGUCUUUACUCUACUGAAUUUCGCUUUGAGUUGUCGAAAGGUUGGUUUGCUACAGAAGGAUUAUGAUUUUUCAAUACAAUAAGAAGGUGAGGAAAAAAAGGGUAAAAUGAUUUUUUAAUUUCGUUUGUUAUUGGUGUAUAUUUCUACAGGGAUAUUGUAUUUUUGUACAUUCGGCACAGGAAUAUGAUGUAGAAGUUCCCUCAUUUUUUCA